CAAUCUGAUUUGAGUAAAUACAUCGAGAAGCAUCCGCGUGGAAUUCGAUUGCACAACGUCCGGCUGUUUCUGUAUCAACUACUCCGGGGUUUGGCCUAUUGUCACGAUCGGCACAUAUUGCAUCGGGAUUUGAAGCCACAAAACUUGCUGAUUUCGGCGAACGGGGAAUUGAAGUUGGCCGAUUUCGGAUUGGCUCGUGCCAAAUCGGUCCCCAGUCGAACUUAUAGUCACGAGGUGGUCACUUUGUGGUAUCGACCGCCCGAUGUCCUGCUCGGUUCGACCAGUUACACCGCUUCCUUGGAUAUCUGGUAA